GGUGCGGUCCACCUGAGAUUUAGAUCUGCCUCGUUUUUGGGAUAUGCCCUGAGAUGAUCCGUAAAAAAAAAUAAUCCAAAGAGCUUUGACACUAGAUGGCUGGUGUCAGGGCCACUAGAGAGAGAGAGAGAGAGAGAGAGAGAGAGAGAGCGGCAUCUUGUCCUUGAAAAUAUAUUGGUUUUCGUACAUUACAAAAACAGCGUCCUGUGGGAGAGAGGAUCUGGGAGUUGUAGAUUUUCGUGGGAAUUGCUUGUUUUCAGAACCAUAACAAGGUUGAAGUGUUUCUUAGAAGACCCAAAUCAAGGAUCGGAAGAUACGACCAUGGGAGUAUCCUUAUUCGUCGGCUUGGCUUCCACUAUUUCGUUCGCAGCAUUUGUUUGCCUCAGAGGCUAUGGCAUGACAUUGAUUUCAAUACCUUUCUUACAUGGCUCUUUGGUGGGCUUUCUGCUUGCUAUUGCAUCUCUUCCUGCUUUGAAUCUUCCUCUCCUCUUGGGGAAGACCUCCGACGGGACGUUUCCGCUUUGGUCGAUGCUUUUAUUUGGUCCGUUUCUAAUGGGUGUUCGAAUGGUUGGGUUCGUGAGGAGAUUGAGGAGCAAGGAGCCACCAUAUAAUGAGGUUUGUGAAGGUCUGUAUGUUGGAGGAUGGCCGUCUUCGUUGGAUAAAUUGCCUCCCGGUGAGCCUGCGAUCAUUGAUUGUACGUGCGAGCUUCCGAGAAGCUCUGCUCUAUCGCAGAAUGCUUAUAUGUGCAUUCCUACUUGGGAUACGAGGGCUCCCAAACUAUCAGAAAUUGAAUCAGCAGUUCGUUGGGCUUGCAGAAAGAGAUCUCAGAAAAAGCCGGUAUACAUCCAUUGUGCAUAUGGUCAUGGGAGAAGUGUUGCAGUAACGUGUGCGGUUUUAGUUGCAUGGGCUGUGGCUGAGGACUGGAAACAAGCUGAGAAGAUCAUACGAGAACGGCGGCCUUGUAUUCGGAUGAACGCUCUCCACCGCAAGACCUUGGAAGAGUGGUCAAAAUUCCGUCUUUCUCCUAAAGCAAAUGGAGAGUUGGGUGUGAGUUCGGUGAUCCAGUCCAGUGCUUCGCGUGAUUGACAGUAAGAAAUGUUGGAAAAAUGAAGGCAAGUGGCAUUUUCUUUUUUCCAUAUUGAAAUCUUAUGUUCUUUCGAAAGAGAAACUAUUCAGUUUUUUCUCAGUUAUUUCUCAGCUAUCAGUUAUUGAAGUUCUUUUGAAAAAUAAAAAGUCAUCAGUCUUCCCAA